GUGGUCGUCCCCAAAAUUGGGGAGGAAGGGAAAAAAAAAGUCAGGAAAAGUUUCUUUCCUGGAGUUCCUAACGAGUGUGGGACAGAAGGGGAAAGGCCGGAGGCCCGGGGUCCGGCGGGGGCCUGGAGUCCCUGGUUCCUGGCCAUGUCGGGUCCCACCUGGCUCCCCCCGAAGCAGCCGGAGCCCGCCAGGGCCCUCCACGGGAGAGCACUCGCCCGGGGCGCCCCGGGCCCCCCGUCAGCUCACGGAGCAGCACUCCAGCCCCACCCCAGGGUCAGUUUUUGCCCCCUUCCGUCUGAGCAGUGCUACCAGGUCCCCGGGGGUCCGGAGGAGCGGGGGCUGGCCUGGGUGGGGUGCCAUGGCACACCCCAGCGCUCGCAGGGGCUGCCCCCAGACAGAGGGGGCAUGUGCCCCGGAAGUCUGGAUGCCGAGAUUGAUUCGCUCACCAGCAUGUUGGCGGAGCUGGACGGGGGUCGUGGCCACCCUGCACGGCGGCCAGAGCGGCAGGCAUAUGAGCCCCCGCAGCCUCCUGCUUACCGCCCAGGAGCCUGCCCCCUAAAGCUGAAUGGAGGGGGUGCUCCUUCCCCGCUGCUCCCCACGUGUCCCUACGGGGGCCCCACCCCAGCCUCCUACACCACCGCCAGUACCCCCGCCGGGCCCGCCUUUCCCGUGCAAGUGAAGGUGGCGCAGCCUGUGCGAGGCUGUGGCCCCCCCAGGCGGGGGGCCUCUCAGGCCUCCGGGCCCCUCCCGGGCCCCCACUUUCCUCUCUCAGGCCGGGGUGAGGUCUGGGGGGCUGGCUAUAACAGGAGCCGCCGGGAGCCAGGCCCAGGGGGCAAAGAAGACACAGCUGCGGUCACAGGCCCUGGAAGGAGCAGUGGGUACGGGCCCCAGGGGCCCCUGAGCCAGCCGCCAGAGCUGGAGCUGGAGCGGCUGACCAAGAAGCUGGUGCAGGACAUGAACCACCCUCCCAGCGGCGAGUACUUCGGCCGGUGUGGCGGCUGCGGAGAGGAUGUGGUCGGGGAUGGGGCCGGAGUGGUGGCCCUGGACCGCGUCUUCCACGUCGGCUGCUUCGUGUGUGCCACGUGUGGGGCGCAGCUGCGGGGCCAGCACUUCUACGCCGUGGAGAGGAGGGCGUACUGCGAGCACUGCUAUGUGGCCACUCUGGAAAAAUGUUCCACCUGCUCCCAGCCCAUCCUGGACCGGAUCCUGCGGGCCAUGGGCAAAGCCUACCACCCCGGCUGCUUCACCUGCGUGGUCUGCCACCGCGGCCUCGACGGGAUCCCCUUCACAGUGGACGCCACCAGCCAGAUCCACUGUAUCGAGGACUUCCACAGGAAGUUUGCCCCACGGUGCUCUGUAUGUGGCGGUGCCAUUAUGCCCGAGCCAGGGCAGGAGGAAACGGUGCGCAUCGUGGCCCUGGACCGCAGUUUCCACGUGGGAUGUUACAAGUGCGAGGAGUGUGGGCUGUUGUUGUCCUCUGAGGGGGAAUGCCAGGGCUGCUACCCGCUGGACGGGCACAUCCUGUGCAAAACCUGCAGCGCCUGGCGCAUCCAGGAGCUCUCGGCCACUGUCACCACCGAUUGCUGAGGACCUACCAGCGGCCCUCCCCGGCUGCUGCGUUCACAGCUCCAUCUCCAAACUCUCUGUCACCUCUUACAAUAAUAACCCCCUUGGGAGUUUCCAGA